CAUCCCCUCGGCCCCACAGGGUCGCUUCGCCUCCGAGGGCCAUGGAGCUCGCCCGGCGGCUGCUCGUGCUGGCGCUGCUGGCGCUGCCCGCCUGCCUGGCCGCUCAAGCAGCUGACCCAGUGGUCGAUGUCCUGGCGGUGCUGCAGCUGCAGAAGGAGCCCGAGGGGGUCCGCAAGACGCCCGGCUUCUGCCCGCAGAGGCGCACAGGGUCCAAGCCGGACGCAGCCUUCCGGAUAUCCAGGCGGGCCCAGAUCAGUGCCCCAACGCGACAACUCUUCCCAGGUGAGUUCCCCGAGGACUUCUCCGUGAUGGCGCUGCUAAAGGCCAAGCCGGGCCGCCCCGUCUUCCUGCUCUCCCUCUACGACCGGCACGGCGUGCAACAACUGGGCGUUGAGCUCGACCGCUCCCCGCGAUUCCUCUACCGCGACCAGAGCGGCCGCCCCGCCCCUGAGGACUACCCGGUCUUCCGUGGGGCCAACCUGACCGAUGGCAGGUGGCAUCGGGUGGCACUCAGUGUGAAGAAGAAGCAGGUGACGCUAUUCCUGGACUGCAAGAAGAGAACCACCGUGCCCCUCCCUCGGGGGAACAAGCCCGUGCUGGACACCAAGGGCAUCACCGUCUUCGGGGCCCAGAUCCUGGACGAGGGGGUCUUUGAGGGAGACAUCCAGCAGCUGCUGAUCAGCUCCAGCCCCCAGGCUGCCCACGACUACUGCCCGGACUGCGGGGGGGCCCCCCAGAAGCCCCAAGCCCAGGAAGCUCAGCAGAGGCCCCCCAGGCCUGAGACACCGGCCAAGACGAAGCCCCCCACCAACGCCGAGGCCAAGCAGCCCCAGAAGCGCCAGCUGCCCGGCCCUUCGCCCACCGCCCUCAAGACGGACGCCCUGAAGGGGAAGCGGCCCGGUGGCCCCAAGGAGCCCCGUGACGGGAAAGCGCUCGGCAGCGGGAAGGCCUCGGCUGCCGGAAAGCCCCCCAAGGCCAACAGCCCCAGUGCUAAGGCGACGUCGGCCGGCAAGGCCUCUGCGGGGAAGAAGGCAGGGGGCCCGGCCCAGGCAGCCCGGGGGCCAAGAAGCAGCUACCAGCAGGACGCCGGUCCUCUUCCCACUGAGCAGCCCCGGGGGGCUCACCAGCACCCCAGCCGCCCCCCACCUCCUGAGGCUACUUCUCGGAAGGCCUCCCCUCCUCCCCUCUCGUCACCAUGGGUGGAGGAGGAGGCGGCCAAGGAGGAGGAGGAGGAGGGUCUCGUGCCUGACGUGGGUCUGGACCAUGGAGACGGCGAUCCCAACCCUGGCGAGAUGGGUCCCCUGCUCUCAGCCCAGGCCCCCUACGAUGCCGUCGUAAGUGGGAGCCUCCCUUGUGUCCUGUGUCACUGUCUCUGUGUCACCCUGUCCGUCCAUCCGUCCGUCCGUCCGUCCAUUGCCCAUGGCUUGGCAUGUGGCAUCUCCCCAUGUAGGAGGAGGGCAUUCGGUGUGCCUGCGUGUUGUGUGUUUGUGUGCACGUGCUACAGCAACACAAUGCUGACAAUCUCCUUCUUGUGGCUACAUGUGUGCAAUCCCCAGGCAGUUCUUGGAGCCCGAGGCCUGAAGGGAGAGAAAGGGGAACCAGCUGUCUUUGAACCUGGGAUGAUUGUGGCAGGCCGCCCUGGUCCCGAAGGACCCCAGGGCGUGAGUGGGCCGCCUGGCACCCAAGGGACGCCCGGACCUCCUGGCGACCCCGGAGAGCGGGGUCCCCCUGGACGAGCCGGAUUCCCGGGGUCAGACGGACGUCCAGGGGCCCCCGGCACCUCCAUGAUGCUUCCGUUCCGCUUCGGGAGCCCCGCGGGGGGCCAGAAGGGGCCCGUCGCGAUGGCCCAGGAGGCCCAGGCCCAGGCGUUCCUGCAACAGGCCCGCCUGGCCUUGCGUGGCCCUCCAGGACCGAUGGGGUACACCGGCCGCCCAGGACCCAUGGGUGAAGCUGGAGGCCCCGGCGUGAAGGGAGAGCCUGGAGAUUUUGGGCCCCAGGGGCCCCAGGGGCAACAGGGACUGAGUGGCCCCCCAGGGAAGCCCGGCCGUCGCGGCAGGGCUGGCGCAGACGGCGCACGGGGGAUGCCUGGGGAGUCCGGCCUGAAGGGCGACCGGGGUUUCGACGGGCUGCCCGGCCUCCCGGGGGACAAAGGAUACCGGGGGGACCCCGGUGCGCAGGGUGUCGCUGGACCUCCGGGCGAAGACGGCGAGAGGGGAGACGAUGGAGAGAUUGGGCCCCACGGCCUCCCCGGAGAACCGGGACCGAGAGGGUUGCUUGGCCCCAAGGGGCCCCCGGGCAUCCCAGGGCCACAGGGCGUGCGUGGCGUGGACGGCCCCCACGGCCUGAAGGGGGGUCUGGCCAGGGAAGCCACUUGGUUUAGGCUGCUGGGGAAAUAUCUAGGGUGCCUCCAAGAAGCCCCCCCUCCCCCCAGGCUCUGUCUUGAUCUGACGCCCCACCUCUGUUUGUCUGAACCAGGGUCCGCAGGGGAGCCGGGACCCCCCGGCCAGCAGGGGACACCUGGGACUCAGGGUUUGCCGGGACCGCAAGGCGCCAUGGGGGCCCCGGGGGAAAAGGGACCCCAAGGGAAACCCGGCCUUCCCGGGAUGCCCGGCUCGGAUGGACCCCCGGGCCACCCGGGCAAAGAGGGACUUCCUGGCACCAAAGGCAACCCGGGCCCCUCUGGCCCCCAAGGCCUGGUGGGCUAUCCGGGUCCUCGUGGAGGAAAGGGUACCGAUGGCGUCCGAGGCUUGAAAGGGCAAAAGGGCGAGAAGGGCGAAGAAGGCUUCCCUGGCACCAAGGGCGAGGUGGGGCCGAAAGGCGACAGGGGUGAGUUGGGGGUCCCGGGAUCCCGUGGGGAAGACGGUCCCGAAGGCUCCAAGGGGCGGACGGGCCCCCCUGGCGACCCCGGCCCCUCCGGACUCACGGGCGAGAAGGGCAAACUUGGGGUGCCGGGUCUCCCCGGAUAUCCCGGCCGACAAGGCCUCAAGGGUUCCCAAGGUUUCCCCGGCUUUCCCGGGUCGAGCGGAGAGAAGGGGCUUCGGGGUCUCUCUGGGAAAAUGGGACCGCGAGGAGAACGAGGACCCUCCGGCCCCAGAGGACAGCGGGGGCCACGAGGAGCCACUGGGAAAUUCGGAGCCAAGGGCACCUCUGGUGGCGAAGGGCCCUCGGGGCCCCCAGGCGAACGGGGGCCACCAGGAACUCAGGGGCCGAACGGAUUCCCCGGACCGAAAGGCCCCCCGGGGCCCCCCGGGAAGGACGGGAUGCCGGGCCACCCGGGACAGCGUGGAGAAGUGGGGCUGCAAGGCAAGGCUGGAUCCCCAGGCGGCCCCGGAAUUGUGGGGCCACAGGGGUCCGCAGGAGAAACGGGCCAGAUGGGGGAGAGGGGCCACUCGGGCCCCCCAGGACCUUCAGGAGAACAAGGCCUGCCAGGGCCCUCCGGGAAGGAAGGGACCAAGGGCGACCCAGGAACCAUCGGAGGCCCCGGGAAGGAUGGACCCCCAGGGCUACGGGGCUUCCCCGGAGAGCGAGGCCUUCCUGGCACGGCUGGGUCCUCUGGACUGAAAGGCAACGAGGGACCUGCCGGCCCCCCAGGACCAGCGGGAUCUCCCGGAGAGAAAGGUCCCUCAGGAUCAGGAGGCCCCGUUGGACCCCCAGGCAGACCUGGCCCCCAGGGGCCACACGGACCAGCUGGAGAGAAGGGCGUGCCUGGUGAAAAAGGGCCCCUUGGCCCCGCUGGUCGUGACGGUGCCCAGGGCCCCAUUGGGCUGCCGGGCCCUGCAGGGCCACAUGGGGGCCCGGGUGAGGAUGGUGAUAAGGGAGAAGUGGGGGACCCAGGUCGCAAAGGGCCCAAAGGCGGCAAAGGCGAGCAGGGUCCCCCCGGGCCCCCAGGCUCCCUCGGUUCUCUUGGGCAGCCGGGUGCUGCGGGUGCGGAUGGUGAGCCUGGAGCGAGGGGCUCCCAGGGCCCUUUUGGGACGAAGGGGGACGAUGGCAUCCGAGGAUUCAAUGGGGCACCAGGACCGAUUGGCUUACAGGGACUGCCUGGACCAUCUGGGGAAAAGGGGGAGACCGGAGAUGGGGGACCCCUGGGACCCCCGGGACCCCCAGGACCACGAGGCCCAGCUGGGCCCUCCGGAGCUAGCGGUCCGCAAGGCCCCCCAGGAGGGAUCGGAAACGAGGGGCCGCCGGGACAAAAAGGCGAAUCAGGAGAGCAGGGUGGACCCGGAGUCCCCGGAGAGUCCGGCCCGAAGGGCCCGCGGGGUGAGCAAGGAGAGAAAGGGGAAGCCGGAAGCGCUGGUGUGGCUGGACCCCCCGGAGGGAGAGGCCCCGUUGGGGACGAUGGGCCCAAGGGGAACCCGGGCCCGGUCGGCUUCCCUGGAGACCCUGGACCCCCUGGAGGAAUCGGGCCCCGGGGCCAAGACGGAGCCAAAGGCGAGCAAGGAGAAAACGGUGAACCCGGAGAGGCGGGGUCUCCGGGGCCAUCGGGUGAGGCUGGUCCCCCUGGGCCACUCGGGAAGAGAGGCCCCGCUGGAUCCCCCGGCCCUGAGGGACGGCAGGGGGUGAAGGGCAAGAAGGGAGAAUCGGGAGUCCUCGGGCCCCCUGGCAAAACGGGGGCCGUGGGGCCCCAGGGGACACCUGGAAAACCCGGCAUGGAGGGCUUGAGAGGCGUCCCUGGAUCUGUGGGGGCGCAAGGCAAACCAGGGGCCACGGGCCAGGCUGGGCCCCCAGGGCCUACGGGCCCCCCUGGACUGCCUGGCCUGAAGGGCGAGACGGGCCCCAAAGGAGAGAAGGGCCACCCGGGACUCAUCGGCUUGAUUGGACCGGCCGGAGAGCAAGGAGACAAAGGGGACCGAGGGGCCCCUGGCCCCUCAGGGAGUGGGGGUCUUAAAGGAGAGACUGGCAUCCCUGGACCGACGGGCCCUCUUGGCCCCGCGGGGCCCCCUGGACUUCCUGGGUCUCCCGGUCCUCAGGGCGCCAAAGGAGCCACGGGUGAAGCUGGACCCAAAGGACAACGAGGCGUUACCGGGCCCCCUGGGAAGCCGGGUCCGCCGGGCGAGGCCAUCCAGCCGCUGCCCAUCCAGCGCCACAAGAAGAGCCGGCGCUCGGUGGACGGAAGCCGGCUGGUGGAGGAGGAGGAGGAGGAGAUGGCGGCCGACGGGGCAGCGGGGCAGCCGGCCUCCCGGCGCGUGGAGGAGAUCUACGGCUCCCUGGAGUCCCUCCGCCAGGAGAUCGAGGGGAUGCGGAAGCCUCUGGGCACCCAGGACAGCCCUGCCCGCACCUGCCAGGACCUCCGGCUGAGCCAGCCUGAACUGCCCGACGGCGAAUACUGGAUCGACCCCAAUCAGGGCUGUUCCCGCGACUCCUUCAAGGUCUAUUGCAACUUCACGGCGGGGGGCGAGACCUGUGUCUUCCCCAGCUGGGAGUCUCGAGAGGUGCCAAUGGCUGCGUGGGAGGAGGAGACGCCCCCAAGGUGGUUCAGCCACUUCCAGAAGGGCCGUCGGUUCUCCUACGUGGACGCGGAUGGCCGCCCGCUGGGCGUGGUGCAGCUCUCCUUCCUGCGCCUGCUGAGCACCUCUGCCCGCCAGAACUUCACCUACCACUGCCAGCACUCGCUCGCCUGGCACAGGUCGGGGUCCCCCGCCUUGGAGGGUUACCAGCAGGCCCUGCGUUUCCGGGGCGCCAACGAGGACGACCUGAGCUACGACAACAGCCCCUACGUCAAGGCCCUGGUGGACGGCUGUGCGGCACGGAAAGCAUCUGGCGAGACACUCCUGGAGGUCAACACCCCCCAAGUGGAGCACCUGCCUUUGCUGGACGUGCACCUGACGGACUUUGGGGAGCCCGGGCAGCGCUUCGGCUUUGAGGUGGGGGCCGCCUGCUUCCUUGGCUAGAGCAGAGACCCCAGAGCAGCCGGCAGGAGGAGGACGACCACCUUCCUGGUGCCCACCAAACAACAGAGAGCAUGGGUGGGGCGGGGUUGGGUUGGGGGGAGGAUCAGCCAGUGGCCCAGCAACUGGGAGAUCGAUGGGGCGCAGAGACACCCCCCUCCUGAGGAUUCACCAGUCAUGGGAAUGUUCUCCCUCCAAAUUCUCUCCUCUCUGCACCCCUCCCCAAUGCUACUGAACCCCCCCCUCCCUGCCAAAUCCCCCACAGGGCUCUGACCCCCCUCCUCAGAUGGACCUCAUCCUGCUUCAGUGCUUCCUUCCAUCCAUGCUGAUGGAGACACCCCCCCCCCCCGCAAAUAGCAGAGUCCUUAGUCAGCAAUGGACACCCCCCCACUAAACCCCACCUGAGCCCCACCUACUUCAGCCCUUUCCGGCCCCACGGAGGGCAACUUCAACCUUGCCCCCCUCCCCUUGAAUUGGGUGGCAGGCUUGGAAAUGGGGUGGGCUUCCACAUCGUCCAAGGAAAGCCCCCCCCAGCCAUUUCUCUCUUCUUCCUCUCCCUCCCCACCCCCGUCCACCCCUCCCCCCAUCCUUUAUCCCGCACAAAAGUAAUUGGCAAGAAGAAAAAAGUCCAAAGAAGAAAGAGGAACCCAUAUAUUUUAUUUUGUUUUUUAUACAGAAAAAAUAAUAAUAAAUUAAUUAUAUUAUUUAAUGGAA